AUGUUCACCGACGAGGAAAAGAAAGCCCGCCUGCAGGAAAUCUCUGAAAAGGGACAGAAGGACGGCUGGAAGGGCGAAGCUGUUCGAAAUGCCUACCUCGAAUACUUCCACACCCAAGGCCAUCUCAUCUACCCUUCUUCCCCUGUCAUUCCUCAUGGAGAUAAUACGCUCCUCUUCAUCAACGCCGGGAUGAAUCAGUUCAAGCCGAUCUUCCUUGGCCAAGUAGAUCGCAACUCCCCGCUCAGCAAACUGCGCCGCGUGGUAGAUACGCAGAAGUGCAUCCGCGCCGGCGGCAAGCACAACGACCUGGAAGACGUCGGCAAGGAUGUGUAUCAUCAUACUUUCUUUGAGAUGCUCGGGAACUGGUCCUUUGGGGACUACUUCAAGCGCGAAGCUAUCGCCUGGGCUUGGCAGCUGCUCACUGAGGUCUACAAGAUCCCCAAGGACAGGCUGUAUGCGUCCUACUUCGGCGGCGACCCGCGCCUGCCGUCGUGCCCGUGCGACAACGAAGCCCGCGACAUGUGGCUGCAGUAUCUCCCCGCGGAGCGCGUCUUGCCCUUCGGCGCCAAGGAGAACUUCUGGGAGAUGGCAGACACUGGACCCUGCGGACCGUGCUCGGAGAUCCACUACGACCGCAUCGGCGGACGCGACGCCGCGAGCUUGGUGAACGCAGAUGAUCCGUCGGUCUUGGAAAUCUGGAACCUCGUGUUCAUGCAGUACAACCGCGAGGCGAACGGCAGCUUGACGCCGCUACCCGCCCCCUGCGUCGAUACAGGAAUGGGUCUGGAGCGCGUCGUCUCUGUCCUCCAGGACAAGCAGUCGAACUACGACACCGAUCUGUUCACUGCUCUUUUCGACAAAAUUCUCGAACUGACCCCCGGCCUGCGCCCCUACGAAGGCAAAAUUGGCGACGCGGACGCAGAUCACGUCGACAUGGCGUACCGCGUCCUAGCGGACCACGCGCGCUGCCUGACUGCCGCCAUCGCGGACGGCGCGGAGCCCUCGAACGAAGGCCGCGGCUACGUGCUCAGGCGCAUUCUGCGCCGCGCAGUGCGCUACGCGCGUCAAACUCUCGGCAUGAAGGAUGGAUGUUUCGCCCAGCUCGUCCCUGUUGUUGUGUCCCUGCUCGGCGACACCUUCCCGGAGAUGAAGAAGCACGAAGAGAAAGUCAUGCGCAUCAUCAACAAGGAGGAGCAGCAGUUCGCUCGCACUCUCGACAAGGGUGUGGAGAGGUUCAAGAAGGUCGCGAUCUCCCUCAAGGCCAAGGGCAAGACUGUGUUCUCAGGCAGCGAAGCGUUCACGCUUUACAGCACCUAUGGCUUUCCUCUCGAUCUCACGCAGCUUAUGGCUGAGGAGGUCGGUCUGAAGGUGGACGCCGAGGAAUUCGAGCGCAAGUUUGAGGCGCAUCGUGUGGCUUCUGAAAACACCUCGUUCAAGCAGGGCGGUGCGGGGGCUGUCUACGCGCUGCCGCCCGACCAGCACCAUCACCUUGCCAAGGGUCGCGCAAUAGCGCCGACUGACGACAAGGCAAAGUACCAAUGGAACGUCAAAGACCAGUCCGUUCUCGCGACGCAAGACGAGAUUGAGGCAGCCCCUAUCAAGGCGAAAGUCGCGGCGAUCUGGAACGGCAAGAGCUUCGUGCCAGAGGUCGCGGCCGCGGCCGCGGCGACUACGAGCAACGAGAACUUUGUCGCGGUGAUUCUCGAUAAGACCUGCUUCUACGCGGAGCAGGGUGGGCAGAUUGGAGAUGUCGGGCGCCUCGUUGAUGCGGACACACAGGCGCAGUUCGAAGUCGUGGAUUCGCAGAAGAGCGGAGACUACGUCCUGCACAUCGGCACAGUCUCCAAGGGAGUCCUGAAGGAGGGCGUUGAGCUGGUCCCGCUGGUGGACUACCUCCGCCGCUUCAAGCUCGCGCAGCACCACACUGGAACGCAUCUUCUCAACUUUGCGCUUCGCGAAGUCCUCUGCAAAGCCGGCGCGAACUCGGCGAAGCGCGAGGCCGCGACGAACGGCGCUUGCGCCAACGGAUGCGAGGGCGCCGAUGACAUUCAGCAGAAAGGCUCGCUUGUUGAGGAGAAGCGACUGCGCUUUGACUACGCGGGCGACAAGCCCAUGGAGAACGACGACAUCCUUGCGGUUGAGAACGUCGUGAAGGAAUGCAUCGCGAAGGCGCUCCCGGUGCACUACGAGGAAGUGGCGCUGGAGAAGGCCAUGAAGAUCCCCGGCCUGCGUGCGGUGUUUGGCGAGGUCUACCCCGAUCCCGUGCGCGUUGUGUCGGUCGGCGCGGAAAUCGCGACUCUCCUAGACCUCGCCCAGAGCGGCAAGACUGAAUCGCCCUUUGCCAGCAUCGAGCUCUGCGGUGGCACCCACCUGCACAACGCCGCUCAACUCGAGGAGUUCUGCAUCCUCUCUGAGGAGUCCGUCGCAAAGGGCGUCCGCCGCGUGGUCGCCGUCGCUGGGGAGCCAGCGCUCGAGGCGCGGAAGGAACUCGAGGAGCUGCAGAAAGCGCUCAGCUCGCUGGCGACCGCGCCCAGAGAACUCGCGGUGCUGGAGAAGGAAGUGCUGCGGGCGCGCAGUCUCCUCGACAGCGCCGGGCCUCUGCCGCUCGUGGGCAAGCGCGCGCUGAUCAAGCAGCUGGAGCAGACGCAGAAGUCGCUGCUCGAGCUCCAGAAGGCCCGCAGCAAGGAGUUGUUGAAGAUUGCGAAGAAGAUGGGCGAAGAACUCGGCAAGGAGCACGCCGAGAAGCCUUUCGUCGUCCUCAACAUCAGCGAGCUCCACGGUGACGGCAAGGCCCUGGACAACGCCGCGCAGACGCUGCACCAGGCCGCGCCUGCGCUUCGCUUCCUCCUCGUGACCUCGAACCCAACGACUGGAACGGCCGCGAUCGCGUUCGUGCCUGCGGCCGCCGGCGGCAAGCUGGAAGCCGCGCCAUGGCUCAACGCCUGCGUGGGCAGCCUCGGAGGCAAGGGAGGCGGCAAGGGCGAGCGCGCGGUCGGCGCCGCCAAGGAGGGCGACGAAGAGAAAGUGAAGGCUGCUGUGGCUGCGGCGAUGGCCUUCGCGGAGUCCAACCUUUGA